AUGAGCAAGGCAGUUGGUAUCGAUCUGGGCACCACCUACUCCUGCGUCGGUGUCUGGCAAAACGACCGCGUUGAGAUCAUCGCCAACGACCAGGGUAAUCGCACUACACCCUCGUAUGUCGCCUUCACCGACUCCGAGCGUCUCAUCGGCGAUGCCGCGAAAAACCAAGUCGCGAUGAACCCCUACAACACCGUCUUCGACGCGAAGCGCCUUAUCGGCCGCAAGUUCGCGGACGCCGAGGUCCAGGCCGACAUGAAGCACUUCCCCUUCACUGUCUUUGACAAGGGCGGUAAGCCGUACAUUCGUGUGUCCUACCGUGGCGAGGACAAGGAGUUUUCUCCCGAAGAAAUCUCCUCCAUGGUCCUCAACAAGAUGAAGGAGACCGCUGAGUCCUACCUCGGCGGCACCGUCGCCAGCGCUGUGGUUACCGUCCCCGCCUACUUCAACGACUCUCAGCGCCAGGCGACGAAGGAUGCCGGCACUAUCUCGGGUCUCAACGUCCUCCGUAUCAUCAACGAGCCCACCGCUGCCGCCAUCGCUUACGGUCUCGACAAAAAGACUCAGGGAGAGCGGAACGUCCUCAUCUUCGAUCUUGGAGGCGGAACCUUCGAUGUCUCUCUCCUCACCAUCGAGGAGGGCAUCUUUGAGGUCAAGGCUACGGCUGGUGACACUCACCUUGGCGGUGAGGACUUCGACAACCGCCUUGUUACCCACUUCAGCCAGGAGUUCAAGCGCAAGCACAAGAAGGAUCUCUCCGGCAACCCCCGCGCCCUCCGUCGUCUCCGCACCGCAUGCGAGCGUGCCAAGCGUACUCUCUCCUCCGCUGCGCAGACCACCAUCGAGAUCGACUCCCUCUUCGAGGGUAUUGACUUCUACACUUCCCUCACUCGUGCUCGCUUCGAGGAGCUGUGCCAGGACCUGUUCCGCAGCACGCUCGAACCGGUUGAGAAGGUCCUCCGCGACGCGAAGAUUGACAAGGCGCAGGUCCACGAGAUCGUCCUUGUCGGUGGCUCCACUCGUAUCCCCCGUAUCGUCAAGCUCGUCUCCGACUUCUUCAACGGCAAGGAGCCCAACAAGUCGAUCAACCCUGACGAGGCCGUUGCCUACGGUGCCGCUGUCCAGGCUGCCAUUCUUACCGGUGACACCUCCGAGAAGACCCAGGACCUCCUCCUUCUCGACGUCGCCCCUCUCUCCCUCGGUAUCGAGACCGCUGGUGGUGUCAUGACGCCGCUCAUCAAGCGCAACACCACCGUCCCGACGAAGAAGGCCGAGAUCUUCUCUACCUACUCCGACAACCAGCCUGGUGUGCUCAUUCAGGUCUUCGAGGGUGAGCGUGCGCGCACCAAGGACAACAACCUCCUUGGCAAGUUCGAGCUCUCCGGCAUCCCCCCUGCACCACGUGGCGUUCCACAGAUCGAGGUCACCUUCGACAUGGACGCCAACGGUAUCCUGAACGUCUCCGCCGCCGACAAGACGACCGGCAAGUCGAACCGCAUCACCAUCACGAACGACAAGGGUCGGCUGUCGAAGGAGGAGAUCGAGCGCAUGGUUUCGGAGGCUGAGAAGUACAAGGCCGAGGACGCCGCCGCGACAGAGCGCAUCUCCGCAAAGAAUGGUCUCGAGUCGUACUCGUACAACCUCCGCAACUCGCUCACCGACGACAAGCUCGCCGACAAGUUCGACGCGGCGGACAAGAAGAAGCUCGAAGAUGCCGUCAACUCGACGAUCGCCUGGCUCGACGGCGCGCAGGAGGCGAGCAAGGAGGAGUACGAGGAGCACCAGAAGGAGCUCGAGGCUGUCGCCAACCCCAUCAUGCAAAGGCUCUACGCCUCGGCUGGUGGUGCGCCCGGCGGUUUCCCUGGAGGUGCGCCUGGUGGCUUCCCUGGCGGCCCCGGCGGUGCUCCCACAGGCGGUGCGGAGGACGGCCCGUCGGUCGAGGAGGUCGACUAA